UGUGACCAUGAAUUGACUCUACACUCUAAGUUGACUGGUGUCGUCCCUUGUCGAAAUUUGCAAAACUAUCGCGUGAACUCGUGAGAGGUUAACUUUAUUGAGUGUUGAUUUGUUUAAAAGUUAGCUUUAUUAUGUACGGUCUAAAGUUAGGUUUGUCGUUUUUAAUAAUAAUCUGUGCCUUGGGCACACACGCAGGUGCAAACAGCGAUAGCGAUGGCGAUAUCCCGCUAUCCAGGAUUCGGGGCAGCGCCGGACCAACGCUAAAAUUUUUCUACUGUUAUUCGUGUGGCUACAGAAAGGUAUUUGACGACUAUGUCAAUAUUCUGCAACAGAAAUAUCCUGGACUGAAUAUCGAUGGAGAGAAUUUUAAUCCAGCUGGCUACAAGCUAUUUUUGGCGAAAUUUUUGGGCAUGUCUAAAAUCCUGGUGAUCAUCAUAAUAUUAUGCGGCAUAAAUGUAUUUGCCCCGUUAGGCAUUCGUCAGCCAUCUUGGUGGCAAUGGUGUACUGAUAAUCGUCUCUAUGCCUGCAUGAUGCUCUUCUUUCUCUGCAAUGCAAUUGAAGGACAGUUAAUUGCAUCAGGGGCAUUUGAGAUCCUACUCAAUGAUGUUCCUGUGUGGUCUAAGCUAGAAACUGGACGAAUACCGCAGCCUCCAGAACUUUUUCAAAUCAUAGACAGUCACAUGCAAUUUGGAACAAUGGCUGUUGAACAUGACGGCUUUGGUAAAUAAUGAUGAGUCUGAUAACCACUAUUGUCAAAGAAAAACAAAAAAUGUUUUAUAUAAUUACGUAUCUAGAUAACGGAAAGUAUAACCUGUUCAGUUUACCACAUGUUAUACUACUUUGCAGAAGCGAUAGUAGACAAUCUAUGAUUUAUCUUUAAAUGAUUUUAAUAUCGUUUCGCUCAUCGAAGUUCACAUUGCAUUUACUGUUGCUCCGGAAUAGUAAUUCCUGUUAAAUCUGAAGUCAGUUUAUUGGUGUAUCAUUAACGGAAUUUUUUGAUGUCUCAAGUGUAUUGGGGCAUCCUAUUUUGGUCUAAGGAUAAUUUACCAAGGGGUUGAGGUGGUAGAUGACUGUAUUAUAUUUGUACUACUAGACAAAUGAAUUUGUAAUUGUCAUGUUAUCAAUCUUGAGUAAUUCUUUUAUUGUCUUUAAGUGUAGCAUAAGAUUCCGUGUACAUAUACGUGUGUUCGUUAACGAACACUUGUCAAAUGUUGUAUUAUAUUUCUUAUCAACUA